CCACCGCCCCGCCCCCGGGGGCGAGCGGCGGGGCCGGCCGCCACCUGCCGCAGCGCCGCACAGCCGCCUCCCGGCCGCGGAGGGAGGGAGGGAGGGAGGAGCGGCCGCGCUUCCCCGUGGGGAGAAGGAGAGCGCUGCCGGCCGCCCGCAGGAGCCGGAGAUGGCGGACAGCGCGGCGGCCACCGCCGCCCCCCGCGCCGGCGUGAAGGCCAGCUCGGCGGGGCCCUGGUGGAAGUCGCUGACCAGCAAGAAGAAGCACAAGGAAGCGGCGGCCGCCCCGCCGCCCCCCGCCGCCAGCGAGUCGGCCCCCGCCGCCCCCCCCAGCCCCGGCGGCCGGGAGGAGCAGCCGUCUCCCUUCGGCAGUGGCGAGGCCGCCGGGGCGGGCGGCGGCAACCGCCGGAGCCUCCGCGUCUCCCACUCGGGUCGCUUCAAGGAGAGGAGGAAGGUGCGCACCUCGCUGCUGGCCGACAGCCCCGAGGUCUUCGACGGCGGCGGUGCCCGGGGCCAUGACGCCCAAGGGAGCGAGUAGCCCAAGAAGGCUUCGCCCCCGGAGCCGCGGCCCCGUGAGGAGCCGCCACGGGACGGGUGGCCGGAACACCGGCAGGACAGGUGGCCCAGAGCCUGCGGCUGCCCCGCAGCUGGGUCGCUUGGCCCCGUGGGCGACAUGGAGGUGCGUGGCAUUGGCCACUGACCGGACACUGCAGGGAGCCCAGCACCUCCGCCAGACCAGUGACUCCUCUGCGUUACACGAACACCGCCAAGACCAAACCCUUUGCUGACAGGACGACGCGAUUGUCUUAACGAAAUAACACCAAUAAACACCCCACUCCCUGUACUGUGGUGAGCGGACUCAAAGGUGCUAUCCCAGGGCUGGCGCUGGGCUCUCUCUGCCUUCCCACUGGCCCUUGCCGUGAGCCACUGCAGUGACUUCUCAGGCCCGUCACCCAGCUCCUCUCUGCUCUUCAGCCAAGGAGGGGCUUUGCUGCUCUCAUCUCACGCGCUGCCUUCUCGAAGGAAGGGGGGAACGAAGUGCUCUCCUCUAAUUUUGGGGCCAAGGACCUCCGGCGGUGCCGUACCUGCUCCUGUCCUGCUGUGAAGCCAUCCUCCUUCCCCUGCCGGGGGUCAAAAGAGAGGUAUGGCGAGGGGCAGGCGCUUGCCCGUGCCCCACAUCGUGUCGUAUUGAAAUAUGCAAAAGGCAGGACCAUGCUGGUUUUCUCCCUCUUCUCACUGUGUUUCAGAGUCUGGUCUCCCGUAGUUCUGUUACAGGGGGAGGCCGGUUGUUACCUAGAAAUUCACGCUGUUUACCCAGGGAACACAUGAUUUUUGCAUAAUUGGUGAUAACUGGUAUAAUGAAGUUCUGAUGAAGAAAUUGUGCGAUAAAAUGUAAAUACUCUCUUUGGGAGAGGAGAGCAGCCCUGGAGAGCACAGGCAGGGUUGUACUCCUAAUGUGGAAAAGGGCUUGGCCACCACUGGAAAUGUUCUUUACUGUGUCCAAGGCUUGUGAAGCAAGGUUAAAGAUUCCCAGGAUCUCUUUUGAUAGCGAGAUAAUGCGCUUUAACUUGGGCAGCUGUCUGCUCCAUCUAUCAGCUCCGGGAUUUUUUGGAUAAAGUAAACCAUAAGCCAGAUUUGUACUGGUGUUGUGCCUUACAGAGCAAACUCAUCAAAAAACAUUCGGUAAUUAACACAUUUCUUGAUAGUAGGGGAUGUAGCAACAACUGAUUUAUUUAUUUUAAAUGCAUUCGCAAUAUACUUUCUAUUGUUAAAAUGGUUUUAGACUUUUUCUGACUGUGAGAUAAGAUACUACAUAGCGGCAGGGACUGAAAAUUAUUUCCUAGCAGUCAAGUAUUAUGCAGUUACGAUUUUGUUUGGUUGUAACUAAUGAUUUAAGGACAAUUAAAAAUAAAAAGUGACCUGAAAGGAAACAAGAGCUGAGAGAUGAGUUCCAGGUGAAAAUACAGAUUAAACCAGUCACUGAAAUGAUACAGUAGAUGCCGGGCAAGUGCCCAAUGGUUCAAUGUGUGUAAUAAUAUAUAAUGAACUUCAAAAGCUCCUGUGCGAUAAACUCGGGCAACCUGGCUGGCUUCAGUACUUACCGGUCCUUCACUCACCUACUCCUUCAGGCUCUGAAACCCAAGGACAAAGAGACUGCAGCAUCAAAUCUAUUUCCAUAAAAGCUCUUUUCCACCCAAUGUGCAGUCAUAUGCUUUUUUUUUUAUUUCACUUAGUAAAACUACAAGGUACUGGUUUGGGGCUGCCUUUUUAUGUUCCUGACUAUAUGCUGGCCAAGCAAUGACCUGGGCGGUUGUGGGGGGAGCUCUUAAACUUUUCUCCUUGGAGAUGCUUUUCUUACGUGGAGCCUCUUCCGUCAAGGGGCAUCUGAAAUCCUUCUGUUGAGAAGAAGCAAUUGGAGCAACCCCGGCCUCAGACAAAGGGGUGUGAGAGAGAAGGAGGAAAGUUUAGAAGCUGGGAACGGAGAGACGGAUGAAGGAAAACCUUACUUC